AUGCCCAAGUACAAUGCUGCCUUCGGGCACCUCCUCGUCCUCAAGGAGCAUAUGGACGAUCUACCUGUCGACUGUACAACGAACACCAGCUUCCUCAAGAUUGCAAAACAAUUUCCAAACGGCCUAUUCUAUUUCGAUCUUUGGCCGUUCGCAAACCCUCUACUCAUUGUCAAUACCCCCUCGGCCGCAAAUCAAUUGGCUCAAGCUCCUCUUGACAAGCCAGAGCAGAUUUACCAUGCUUUCCGCCACCUAACAGACGGUCCCAAUCUCUUUACUAUGAAGGAAGAGCGUUGGAAAGUGUGGCGUGUUCUUUUCAACCCAGGGUUUAGCGCCAGCUACAUGCUGGAGCUGGUUCCAGCAAUCGUGAAGGAAGCGGCGGUGUUUUGCGACCUUCUUCACAACCACGCUCAACGUGCUGCCAUGUUCCAACUCGAAAAUCUCACCAUCAAACUCACCAUUGAUAUCAUUGGAGCAGUCUCAGUUAAUAGCCGGUGGAACUACCAGCUGCGAGACCAUCCACUUGCUUCAGCGUUGCGCACACAGAUCGAGUGGACAACGUUUGGGACGGAGAUGAAUCCUUUCAACCGAUACCACAUAUUGCGUCCUCUGAUCCUAUGGUACAACAAUCGACGCCUCGGUAACCUCAUUAACAGUGAAAUCAUGAAACGAUACAAGGAGCUCAGAAAUAGCUCUACGGGAAAAGGAGAUUCUGCUGUGAAACCUUCAAAGUCAAUCAUCACGCUUACGCUUAAAGAGUACCUGAAAGAGAAGGACAUUAGUGUAGCCGAGACACCCAGCAAAGAAUUUCUUGAGGUCGCCAGCGCGCAGCUUCGUCUCUUCCUCUUCGCCGGUCACGACACAACAAGCAGUGUACUGAUAUACUGCUACCACGCUCUUUCAAUGAAACCCGAAGCAAUGAAACGUCUCCGUGCCGAACACGAUGAAGUGUUUGGAGACGUUUCUACGACAGCGGAGACAAUCGUUAAAAGCCCACAGCUCCUGAAUCAACUACCGUACACUCUAGCGGUUAUCAAGGAAUCCCUUCGACUAUGGCCCCCGGCUUCUUGCAUGCGGGCUGGGAAGGCUGGUGUCAACAUCGUUGAUGACAACGGAACAUCUUUUCCCACGGAGGGUUGUUACGUGUGGCAAAUCUCGUUGCUCCUACAUCGAAACCCAACGUAUUGGAAAGAUCCUGAUUCGUUCAUACCCGAACGGUGGUUGGUUGGACCAGAAGAUCCUUUGUACCCGAUCAAGGGAACAUGGCGACCGUUUGAAUUUGGUUCCAGGAGUUGUCUUGGCCAAACGCUAGCUUUGACGGAGCUCAAAGUCGUCCUAGUCAUGACGGCGAGGAAUUUCGACAUCCAGCCCGCCUACGAUCAGUGGGACCAAGAGCACAAAAGCAAUCGUACCCGAUCUGCUGAAGGUAACAGGGCAUACCAGGUUGAGGGAGGUGGUGGUGGAGCUCACCCUGCGGAGAGAUAUCCCUGCACGGUCACGUUCAGGGGAUGA